CACAGCGCUAUUGAGGAAACGCCCCUUGAGCUCGAACGGAAUUGGCCGCUGCAGCGCGCGUGGGGAGGAGACCGGCGGCUCAUGCUGCCCUUAUCCGCUGUGUGAAUUCUAAACCCGCCCCGCCGCUACGCCGCCGGAGAGCGGCAGCCGCGGCGUUGUAAAUGAUACCGUUAAUGGGUCAACGCAGCAGGCCUGGGCUUCGCAUGAGCAACCGCCGCACGAGUUUAUAUUUUGGUUUUUUUAGCGGACACCCCUCGCGCCACCGCCAGUGCAAGCGAACUCCUGCUCCUCCUCCUCAAACCCACCAGAGGUAGCGGUGGCGGGAAGCGGGUGAGGGGAAGUCAUAGCUCUCGAUAGCUUCGUGGGCAUCAUUUUUUUCCACGCCAGCAAACGUCUCGGGGGUUAGAAACAUAGUGGUGGUGGUGGGGGCGUGGGUAACAACAAACAAAAACGUCGCAAACAUCGCCAACAACUUUGAAACCCAAACGCGCUCGACUCGCCCGACCGAACCGGACCCGGUCGACUUUGUGGACCCCGUUCAUAGCUUAAUCUACGAUCCUGAGCAAGGGGUCGGCCGGCAGUCUGGGACAAGUCUUGUGGAUGGGCCUGCAUCGUGCGUGACGGCACCUGCAUCUUGCGUUCACGCGUACGGCGAGUACACGUCGCUGCAGAAGUCAGCUUGAGGGCCAGCGGCGCCAAUGGAUGUCUCGGCGCUGAGCAACCAGGAGCUGAGGGAGAAGCUCCUGGAUUUGGGGGAGAACCCAGGGCCCAUCACAUGUGGCACGACGCGCACCGUGUAUGAGCGGAAGCUGCUGCGUCUACUCGGGCAGGAGAGUGAGGAACAGCAGGAUCAGCGCUACCCCAAGACCCACGACACUGACGACUCCGACCCCGAGGAGGAGGAAUCGGCGGUGCCAUGGCACCGGCAGGAGCCGCUACGAUCGCGAGCUCGGCCCCAGAGCGCCGUGCAGCGGAGGGCAGCGCCGGCGCACGCUAUGGAGGAGGGUGGCCGUGGUGGCGGUGCAGUGUUGUCCUGCCUGGCAGUGAUACUAGCGCUCGUGCUGGUGACCGGAGUGGUAGUCUUGGCGCUGAUGUUCCUGGGCGGGGAGGAGGUUGAACCUCACCUGCUGGAGGCGGACGGCGCUCACGGCGAGGCUGUGUGAUCAGCGGUUUGCAAGUUUACCGAAGAUAAAAAAUAUUCCCGCAGCCAAGAUGCUCGGAGCGAUGGAUAAAUAUCGUUUGUGGGCCAUUUCUAAAUGAUGAGCGGUUUGGUUGUUUUCUGACUGUCAGAAAUAUUCUCUAGUCCCUGAUUAGUUGAUUAGCAGUAGUUUGUAAUCGUUAAGAUUAGCUAAACUUGAUACAUUUCUUCCAAAUGACUUAAUUUGCCCACUACUGGCAGACUAAAGGUCGCUUGGAGGCCAAUGCUUUGUACACCUUGCGUCGCAUAGGGACAGCUGGCACUCGGGGUCCCCCUGGUUAAGACUAGUAGGACGUUGGAACGGUUGAUAUGAGAUGUAAGGCACUUGGGGACUUGCCAAGGCAUUUAAGCAAGUGCCCAGUACAUGCAAAUGCUUACCAUUAUAUUUUCAUUGGAGACUAGAUCUGCAAAGGUUUGUUAUGAUUUUCAGUUGUCGAUUCACAAAUCUUGUCCCCCCCCCCUCCGGUGAACAUAGCAGCCUCUCGUAGCUGCAGGAGUCACUUGAAACACUUCUCCCCGAAGGAAGUUUUCGUCGGUUAUCGGCCAAACCUGUAACAAUUCACUCCCUCCCCCCAUCCUCAUAAUUUAAUUAAUUGUAAUGGUUUGUGAUCUGUUUUGGAUUACUGUAAAUCACCAAUAACACAUUGUAUAGUAAAAAGAACAAGCUACAGUAAAACCUUGGAUUGCGAGCAUAAUUCGUUCCGGAAACGUGUUUGUAAUCCAAAGCACUUGUAUCAGUUGUGAUCACGUGACGCUCGGCAGACAAAGCGUAUACGUACUUACUCGUAUUGCAAGACCUCGCUCGUUUAUCAAAUUAAUAUUUAUUUAAAAAAUUUGCUCGUCUUGCAAAACACUUGCAGACCAAGUUACUCGCAAUCCAAGGUUUUACUGUAUAUAAAAUAAGCUCCAUUCUGACAAUGUGUUAUGUUUAAACGGAUCCAUGUGAGGUGACUUCGAUCUACCACACCACUGAGAUCCAGGUUCGAAUCUGGGUUUCAGCCACCCGUGAUUAGACCGGGUUCUCAAAUCGAGCGAGUUAGUGGACUCGCCUCCUGUCACCCAACGACUCACAGACCCCUAGACCCGCAGAGAAUGAGUUUUGCUGAUACUGGGUCCUCGUGUGCAAUGAGUCGAUUGUCACAACCCGGUCACCGAUGUGCACACAAAAAAUCUCAUGGCAUUAAAUGUAGUCUUAAAUUGGCUACAUUCCACCUUUGAAAAUAAAGAUAAUCUAUGGGUUUGUUUUCUGUGCGAUGAGCGUUUCCCUGCAGCAGGGCAUAUGGGAAAGUGCAGCACACGGAACACUCGUAAGAUGUCACUCCAAAGAGCUCUCGGAAGCAGUUCUCUGAUAUCGCCUUUCACGGGCUAGUCUCGAGCACACUGGGGUAGGAAAUGCUCUGCAAGAUUUCCCAAUGGAUUCCAUAUUAUGGGACAAUUGAAAUGGAGGUACUUAUGCAAAUUGCACUGUUUAAUGGAAAAUAGCCAAAUAAGUUUGGUAAUGGUUACAUCCCCAAAGGUUUGGCCAUGAUUAACUUUAUUUAUCAAAGACACCAAAGCUGUUUUUACAGGGUUUGAUAGUUCCGAUGUAAUCGGAUUUGUAAAAUAUACUAAACUUGCAAGUAAAUCUUUCAAAGGUCACCAAUGUCAUAUUUUUUAAAAUUAAAUAUUGCCGUCUGCUUUUGCAACAUUCACUAUUUAGCAUGUUUCGGCACUGGCUGUGGCGAUCAACGCGUUACGUGACUUGGGUGGAUCACAAUACCGCUGAGGUCCUGGGUUCAAAUCCUUGCUCCAUCUGAAUGCUAUGACACAAAUAUGCUACGAUGUCGGAAGUGUAUUCUAUCAGCCCAGUGAUCAAUGAUUUUUAAUACACAUGAUCACAUAUCCUCCCUAACCAAGUAACCACCCACGCCCCGUGGUUGUGCAUGGAGGUGUAACUCGUCACUUACGGAUGUUCACAUAUUUGACCUCUUCACAUAUGCAUCUAUAGCUUAGCCCCCAUUGAAUCAGGUGUCGAACAUUGUGCCGUUUGGUUUUGGGAAUUAAACUAGACUCGCUUUUAAGCGCUAAAGUAUUGUAACAUCCUUUUUAAAAUGUAGUCUUUGUAAGGAAGUUGUAUUAGAAUACACGUUUGCAGUUAAAAUUGUACUUAAUUGGAUGUUACUGUCGACUUUGUACCAUUUCAUACUGUUAUUAAUAAAGAUGACACCAAGAA